AUGCUCUCUACACCAGAACCGUCAGAACCCCUUCCUAGCGCUUCCAACACUACAGCCCCUGUAAGCACAGACGAAGCUGCGAGCCCGUCGAAUGAGAAGGGCACUUCACCUCGCCCCGAGGUACUGUCAAAGACUCUGCUGUACCUCAACAACGACGACAUGACAAGUUUACAUGCCCUCACACAACCCGAGCAGUGGCAGUACCAAGAACCAAACUAUCAAGGUCUUCAACCUUAUUUCCCCGUAUUUGCAGAGGAGGACUUGAGCGCCUCGUUUCGCAUCACAAACAUCGAAGAACCAGCACUUCACUACAACAUUUUCGAUGAACAGCCCCACCUGCCCUUCAGCAACAGUGGUGAUGUGAAUAUUCGCAGCCUUCGCAGCAUAUGCGACGCAUCCAUUGAUUCAGUCCAUUUCAUCGCCUGUCUUGAAAUUGCAUCAAAAUACGUCAAUGCCAAUAUUUUCCGGCAUUUAGUACUGGAUGCGCUCCACGUGGAUCAUUACUCAAUGUGUGAUACACAACUACUUGAAACGGCACAAACGAAGCUUCAUGACCUUGCCAUGUCGCUGCUGCAGGACGGCGUUCUGGACCAGUUUGCCUUUCUUUUUCGCUGCCGAAUCGUAUCGUCUGAACUUGCACGGAGCAUCGUACUGGAGAAUGGUUUGAUCCAGAACAACACCACUCUACUGCACCAUCUCCUCGGCACCAACGAGCUGAUACACGCAGCACUGGAUUUGGACGCCAUCAUGGAACGCGCGCCCACUAUUCGCGAAAGCAUUGACUACUACGGGCCUGAACCCGCAAGAGCCGUCAUUUACGCGGCAUUUAGCGCUGGCUUAGUCUCGCCCAAAGGUAUAUCGGCACUACAUAUUGCUGUGGCAUUGCUUCUUUACGAUGAUGUCUCCUGCCUGCUUGACUUUGGCGCUGAUGUGAACCAACAAUCAAAUACCGGGGAGUCUCCGUUACAUCAUCUGUCCAGGAUGACAGAGUCCAAAAUCAUGCCUCUUUGUCGCCUUUUGAUUGCGCGCGGCGCUGAUGUUAAUGCACAGGAUGCUGAAGGCAAUACAUGCCUACAUGUGCUAUUUCGCGGCCCCCAGAAACCCUGGUCUAUGGCGCCAGCUCAACUUCUUCUCACUAGUGGCGCUGAUACGAGUUUGACAAACCAUCUGAAUAAAUCGGUCCUCAUCACGGCUAUAUCCUCCUGGCCAGUGGAGAGCGUGUUUGAGGUAAUGGGCUGGCCAAGCCUGUGA